AUGAGUGUCUUAUCAAAAGCGCGCGAAUGGGACCUCGACCUUGACCGAUACCUCAACCGCAUACUUCCUCCAUCACCACUGCACAGACUUCCUGCACCAAUCUCGAGAUUCUUGGGCUAUAGGAAAGCCCAGCGCCAGGACGUUGGUAAUGUACUUGGAGCAUCGUGGUCCAUGCUGGGAGCAUUCUGUGGGCUGGCAGUGGUGGCCGCGGUCUUCAACAGCAUGAGCAGACAGGGUGCAUCUGCAAUUCUGGAGUACAAUGCCAUUCGGUCACCACUCGGUCAACCACGCAACGCUCUGCUUGGACAUACUUUCUCGGCGCUCGUCGGCGUUGGUGUUUCCAAGCUCUUUCAGUACCACUCCGAGUACGAGUCAAUCAAAUGGAUCGCAGGCGCGGUAGCAUGUGGCAUUGCAUCAGCCGUCAUGCUGCUCACAAACACGGUGCAUCCACCAGGCGGCGCCUCCGCUGUUCUUGCUGCAACGGACCCUGUCAUCACAGCGAUGGGGUGGUAUUUUGCCGGUCUAGUGCUUUGGGGCACAACUCUGAUGGUGAUUGUCGGCCUGGUGGUCAACAACAUUCAAAGGCAAUUCCCGAUGUAUUGGUGGACGCCACUGGACCUGAGGAAAGCUAAAAAGGAAGACGAGGAGACGAUGCCGGAUGCUAGAGGCGGAGUGGAGAAAAAAGAAAGCGAAGCAGAGCAAACUGCUGGAGAGAUUGAGCGAGAGACUGAGAAAAAGGGUGGAUGCAAGACUAUGCGCGGGCAGUCAGCGAAGUAG